GUCCGUUUCCAGUGUUUCUCCUCCUCCUCCUGCUCCGCUUGGGGUUGAUUUACUUCAGCCUGACUUACUCUCCAGGGUAACGGGCACACCCACACUAUUCCACACACACUCUCAACACACACACACACACACACACACCCAAACAGACGUUCAAGUCACGCAGAAACCCACAGGCAGGAGCUCUUUGUGGCACCAGGAGAAGGAGGAGCUGUGUGUUACAGUGGUGAGAGUGCUGUUAGUGAGGAGUGAUGAUGGACAGGGGGACGGCUGGCUGGACUACAGAUCUCUGAGGACCUUGAAGACCAUGGAGUUAAGACGGAAUCGGUCCCAGCGGACCGGUGUGCUGCUGUGGGUGCUGCUGGGUCUGCUGUGCGAGCAGACUGAGCAGCUCUGUGAGUCCACAUCCUGCCAUGAGGACCAGAACUGCGUUGUGCUGCAGAGUGAAGCGGUGAUGUCCAGGCUACAAAAAGACCACCUCUGUCUCUGCCCCUCCACCCCCGACAAGCCCCUUAUCUACAUGGGGGCCGCCUGCGACCAGCUGCUGGAACCCUGCCUUCUGGCUCCCUGCGAAGACUGUGGCGGGACGGCCGGGACCCGGGACUACACCUGUGCCUGCCCCCUGGGUGGGGGGGGUGAGAACUGCAGCACGCUGCAGGAAGUAGCACGCUGCUCCAACGAGACGUGCCAGAACGGCGGUGCCUGCCUGGAGGGCGACGUGGACAGCCCACCUUGCCUCUGUCCCCCGGGGUAUAGUGGAGACUUCUGCCAGGAGAAGGUGGACGAGUGUGUGUCUGUGCCGUGCCGUAACGGGGCCAUCUGUUUGGUUGGCAAGGGGUCGUACAAUUGCUUCUGUGUCCCGGGUUUCCAGGGCUCUCACUGCGAGCUGGACAUCAACGAGUGUGCCUCGGUCCCGUGCAUCAACGGCGGCUCCUGUCUGGACGAGGUGGACCACUACCGCUGUGAGUGCUCUGUGGGAUUCAAAGGGAUGGACUGUGAGGAGGAGGUGGAUGAGUGUGAGGUGCGGCCGUGCCUCAAUGGCGCCACCUGCAGGGACCAUGUGGGCCGCUACUCCUGCGACUGUGUGGCGGGGUUCCAGGGACAUGACUGCCAGGUGAACACGGACGAGUGUGAGAGCGGCCCCUGCCUCAACCAAGGAGCCUGCAUCGACCAGGUCAACAGCUUCCAGUGUGACUGUGUGGGGACCGGCUUCACGGGGAAUCACUGUGAAGACGACAUCCCAGAAUGUGCUUCCAACCCGUGUCAAAAUGGCGCUCACUGUCAGGAGGGCGUCAGGCAGUACAGCUGCCUUUGCUAUCCAGGCUAUGAAGGCGAGCACUGCCAGGUGGAUGUGGAUGAGUGUUCCCUGGAGCCGUGCCACCACGGGGGCGAGUGUUUCCAGCGCUCUCUGUUGGAGAACUACCAGCGCCUGGCCCAGCUGCAGGGGGAGGAGUUCAGCUACGCCCAGGCAGCCGGGUUCAUCUGCCAAUGCAAGCCAGGAUACACCGGAGAGGACUGCUCCGUGGAUGUAGACGAGUGUGUGUCUGCUCCCUGUCAGAACGCCGGCCACUGCAUGGACCUCGUCAACGCUUAUCAGUGUGUGUGUCAAGGAGGCUUCACAGGUGUGCACUGUGAGGUAGACAUCAACGAAUGCGACAGUGUGCCGUGUAAGAACGGGGCCACGUGCCAGGACGGCAUCAACUCCUACAACUGCCGCUGCCCAGAGCCCCCGCCCGGUGGGGACCCCUGGGGCGGCCUCGAAUGUGAGGUCACCCUGGUGGGCUGCCGGCAGCAUGUGUGCCAACACGGUGCCGGCUGUAAGCCCACACUGGGAGAAGAAGGCCGACACGGCUACAUCUGCCUCUGCCCCUUGGGCUGGGCCGGCGACGUCUGCAACACUUCCACCAGCUUCUCCUUCGCCGCGGCGUCCAGCUACGUCCAAAUCCAGCUGCCUUCGGACCACGGCCGCAUCGGACCGCCAGCUGAUCCCGUUGCAAAGAACCAUGUCCAGCUGCUGCAAAUGCAGCUCCGCUUCCGCACCACGUUGCCCAGCAUGGUGCUCCUCUACCGGGGCGACGCCGCCAGCUCCGUCUCCCUGGAGCUGGUGGACGGCCGGCUGCUGGCGGUGGUCCGCUCUGGGGCGGUGCUGCAGGUCAUCCACCCUCUGCUGCUGAACGACGGAGACUGGCACCAGGCCAGCGUGACGGUGGACGGCGGGCUGCAGCUGGUGGUCCAAGGGCCGCUCUGCCCGACAGAGGGAGGGUGCGCCGUGGAGCAGGGAGCCCUGAACGACCUCCUCUUCCUCCAGCCCAGCUCAUUCCAGCAGCUGUACGUUGGAGGAGGGCUGGAGGAGAACAUCCGCCAUACGGCGAGUGGGCAGGGCUUUGUGGGCUGCAUGGACGACCUCCGUGUGGAAGGGAGACGCCUGAUGCCUGAAGACCUGAGCCGGGAGGACAACCACGGCAUGGAGCCGGGCUGCAACAAAAAAGACGUUUGCACCAAGGACGCCUGCAUGGGCAGAGGGAGGUGUGUGGACAUGUGGGUGAGGCCCAGCUGUGACUGCCACCGACCCUACUAUGGAGACCGCUGUGAGGAAGAGUUCUCCUCGGGGACCUUUGGUCGUGAGCAGACAACCAGCCACGCCUCCUUCGUCAUUACGGAGACGCACGGCGACAACUUCACCGUCUCCUUCCUGGUGCGCACCCUCCGGCCGGCUGGGCUGCUGCUGCAGCUGCGGCGCGACGGCCGGCCCUACCUGACGGUGUACCUGAAGGAGGGCGGGGUGGCGCUCUACAGCCCCCACACCACGCUGCUGUCCGAGGCCGGCUUCGUGGCCGACGGCCUCCGGCACCUGGUGAGUCUGGAACUGCGCUACGGUAACGUGGUGUUCCCUCGGGCGGGGAACCACCGCGCCCUGGGUAACGUGAGCCUGCAGGCCGGAGAUGUGGCCCUCGUAGGGGGGCCUCUCGCUGGGGACCAGGACACGGCCACCUCCUGGGGGGGGCACUUCAAGGGCUGCCUGCAGGACAUGCGUCUGGACCACAAGUAUCUGGAGAUGGGCUCUGGUCCCCCUUCAGAUGAGGUGUACCCCAUCGCUGAGGAACAGGACGUAUUGGAGGGAUGUCACAGUGAUGAGACAUGCAAGAGCGAGCCCUGUUUGAACGGAGGGCUGUGUGAAGUGACUUGGAAUGACUUCUUCUGCUCUUGUCCGGAGAACUACUCUGGACGUCUGUGCGAGACACGCCUUUGGUGCGUGGAGAAGCCCUGUCCCAGCGGGGGGCGCUGUGUGAACCUGCCCGACGGCUACGAGUGUCUGAGCGAAGCGUCCUUCCAGGACAACGCGCUGCUCUACAGCGUCAACCACACACUGGCCGACCCCGUCACCAGCGUCACGGUGCUGCUCCGCACGCGGGAGCGGAACGGCGUGGUGCUGCGUGCCAGCGGCCACGCUGAGGUCUUCUGCCUCGGGCUGCUGGACUCCUACUUGCUGGUCAAGCUGCACACCGCGGCCAGCCACCAGCUCCUGGCCUUCACCAGCGAGACCCCCAUCUCAGACGGGGCCUGGCACCACGUCCACCUGGCCAUGGCCGACCCGGGCCAGCCCACCUCCACCUGGAGCCUCAGUGUGGACGGGCGGCGGGAUGGGGACUGGGCAAGCGGCCGGCGUGUGGGCGGGAACCUCAACUUCCUGAACCACAGCGAGGUGUGGCUGGCGGAGAACUUCACGGGCUGCCUGGGAGAGGUGCGGGUCGGGGGGGUGUACCUGCCUCUGCUGGGGGCGCCGGACCCACCGCAGGCUGCCCGCUUCUCAAGGCGGGCGGGAAACCGUGAGCCGGCUGAGGGUUGCCGCGGUGAUCCAGUGUGCGAGUCCCAGCCCUGCCUCCACCAGGGCGUGUGCCAGGACCAGUUCCAACGCUUCAACUGCAGCUGCAGCCCCGGCUGGGAGGGGGAGCUGUGCGGGGAGGAGACCGAUGAGUGCACCUCCACGCCCUGCGUUCAUGGGACCUGCGUGGACCUGCUGGCCAACUACCGCUGCCAGUGCCACCCGGGAUACCUGGGCAAGGACUGCCGGGAGGAAGUAGACAACUGUCUGGAGUUCAGCUGCCAGAACGGAGGCCUCUGCCAGGAACCUACUAGAACCUGCUCCUGUCCUGCAGGGUUCGUGGGCAAACGGUGUCAGUGGCGUUUUCCUCCGGUGGCAUGUGACGCAAACACUGUGUGUCUCCACGGCGGUAUCUGCAUGGGAGGCCUGCUGGGGGGGAACUGCACCUGCAGGCCAGGAUACACUGGGCCCAGGUGUGAGGCGGACCUGGACGAAUGCCAGUCUGACCCAUGUCUGAACGGCGCCACGUGUAUGAACAGACUCAACCACUUCCAGUGUGUGUGUGUGCCAGGCUACAGUGGCAGACUAUGUGAAAGCAAUAAGCUGGAGCUGAGUGAGGGUGUCCCAUGGCUGGUGGUGGCGGUCCCCCUCACCUCCCUGUGCGUGCUGCUGGCUAUCCUGGCCACAUUCUUCCUGGUCCUCACUGCCCGUAAGAAGCGUCAGUCAGAGGGCACGUACAGCCCCAGCUCCCAGGAGGUGGCCGGGGCCCGUCUGGAGAUGGGCAGCGUGCUCAAGGUGCCCCCAGAGGAGAGGCUCAUCUGAGGGCCGGUCUGAGGCUGGUUUCAGGCUAGUCAGGGACUGGUCUGGUCUGGUCUGGUUUGGUCUGGUCUGUUCUUGGUCUGGUCUGGUCUGGUCUUGGUCUACAGCUGAUCUGGUCUGGGGCUGGUCUGGUCUAGUCUUGGUCUGGUCUACAGCUGGUCUGGUCUUGGUCUGGAACUCGUCUUUGUCUGGAACUGGUCUGGCCCUGGUAAGGAGCUGGGCUACCUGAGAGGAGGUUUGGUUGGCUGCAGUUUGAUGGUCGGCCCCCCCGUCUCCCUCCCACUCACUAGUGCUUUUGACCAGACCAGCAACUCCCAAAACUCUGAUGAUAGUGCUGUGUGUGAAUACAUAGAGCUGCUAAGGACAGUUGUGGAUCUUCCUAGUGCCGCCGAGCUAUGAGGUACAAUGGAAGAAAAAUAUUUAUUUUGAAAAAGGACUGACAUAUCCCUCGAUCAAGUCCCUUUACUACAGACAUUGCUUGAUCUUGCUCCUCUGUGGUUCCGUUUAAUUGUGGUCAACAAAGUUACUGGGAAGGUUUUAGAAGGUUAAGACAGAAGUAGGAAGACCCUUAAACUCUGUGAAGUUCUGAGUGGGACGGUGGGAUGGUCCAGCUGAGUUUUGAUGCAUCGAUCCACCAAGGAUGUGCACUAUGUUGGUCAACCACUACACCAACCAUUUUUGGUAAAUCAUCACUGUGUACAUAUAUAGAGAAUGUUGUUCUGUUGAGUUCACAAUGUGGAUAUACUGAGGUAUUUUAAAGACACUGAAUAUUUUUUUACUUGUCAAAAAGUUUAUGUUUUCUUUUUCUGGAAUUCUAUGUGUUAUUUGUAUGGUAUGUAUAUACAAAACUGUUAACUUUGUAGUGAAAGAUAUCCCCAAUGUUCCCAAAGAACGAAGCUGAGAGAGCAGCUCAUUGAAACCUCUAAGUAAAGAUUUAAGGGAAACUAAAUAAGGGAAUCAGACUUUAUUCCUGAAAGUAUUCCAUAAUCAAGUCUAGGCUUAAUAUUUUCUUGCAGUAAUGAAACAAAUGUUGAAGUCAGAAUUGUGAAUGAAUGAGACACCUAUGUGUUUAUUGUGUGCUUGAAAUUCCACGGUAAAUAACACAAAAUGAAUUAUACUUUGACGCGAUUCCAACUUUGACACUGCUGUCUUCCAAAAUAGAUCACAGAUCAGACCUUUUGCUUGGUCUAAUAAUAGUAUAAUUAUUUACUAUAACAAUAACAUUUUAUGUAUACGUAGGUAGCUCCGGAGCUGCUGUACUCACAUGAAGUUACUGCAGUCUCCGCUGUCUCUGCCUUCCUGGUGCUGCUGUCAGACCGCCCAAAACCUGGUGCUGUCAACACUGAACUUAUUCCUGCUUUUAGAGACGGUGUACACUGUUACUUUGAGCUAGUUUAUAUACAAAAGGUGGUUAAAAACGAACUAAAUUUGACGGAGGCAACUGGGUUCUCACUGUUCUUGUUUUGUACCAUAAGAGCCUGUGUGAGAACAGCUAAUGUGUGCCUUUCUGUCUGCCUGGCUGUCACAUAAGGGAACUGAAAUGAUAUAGUGUGUCCAGUGAACCACUGUGAUGAUUGUAUCUUUUAGAAAAUGCAGGAAGAAAUUGUAUCAUUAGUAUCCCUGAGAGCCACGCUUACAGUGGUGUAAUGUAUUAAUUAACACUGGGAUGAGUGAGUCUUUGGUUAUUUAGUAUGCAUAAUUUAUAUAUUUUUACACCUGAAAAGAGUGCACACAAAUUGAGUUUAUAAGUCUUGUAUAAUGUAGGUAUGUUAAGUAGAACAACAAUAAUGUUGCUUAAGCUAGCUUCCCUAAUUGCUGCUCUUCUAGACAGCUAGCCAAUUGUUUCUCUAGCUUGCUAAAACAGCAGUUAGCUAGCUAGCUAGAUGAACUGUUCGUUUGCUGACUAGAGCAACGACUAGAUAGGUAGCUCAAGCUGUUACAUGUCAAUGUAAACAAAGCAAAUGUGUCUUUUUUUAAAGGUUUUCUUGUGAUUUAACUGCUUAUUGCCUCUGAGCGUGUAAAAGUUAUUUUUCAAACUACCCCAAAAUCUAGUUUUUUAUUCUGAUGUCUCGCAAUAUUUUUUAUACCUAAUGCAACUGUUGAUUUUAUGUUCUUAAAAAACGGGUAGCCCUAUCUAGAAUUGGAAGGAAACUCCUGAAAACACUGUUCUGAGAUGUACACGUUUUAAAUGCAACUAGAUAGGAAUACUGAUUGAUAUAUUGAUAAUGAGGACAUAAACCCAAAUGUUAUGGUCUUAAUUAUUGUGUUAAUUUUUUUAUUUCAUGCUCCACUGUAAGAGAAAUAUAUAGGAUUAAGUAUAA